AUGUUGAAACCUUCUUUGAUCUUAGUCGUUCUGAUUGGGACUGGUUGGGCAGUCACAGUUACCGAACAUAUCGAACUAAUGCGUUUUCCACCAAAACUUGUGACCAAGGAAACGAUCCUUAAUGAUUACGAAAUUUUGUCUGAUGAAUUCUACAGACCGGAGGACCCGACCAGAAAUGAGGUUAUUCAGUUGGCUUAUGUCACACCAUGGAACAACAAAGGAUAUGAUUUGGCUAAGAAAACCGCUCACAAACUUUCGCACGUUUCGCCUGUUUGGUUCCAGGUCAAACCUCUCAUGAAGGGUGAAACUCUCGACACUUGCUUGAUUACCGGCGACCACGAUAUUGAUCGAGACUGGAUUAACGCACUACGUGGGAAAAAUAGCAAUAUCAAAAUUGUUCCGAGAAUCAUUUUUGAGGAUUGGUCGAGACAGCAAAUGGAAGUGCUUUUGGUGAACACACAAUUUUCAAAUAAAUGCGCUAGAGUUAUUUCUGAUUUCUACUUGAGAAACCAAUUCGAUGGACUUGUCGUGGAACUGUAUACCCAGGCUGUUGUCACCAUGCAAUCAUUGGAAGUGAAAACAUUCCUUGUUGAAACCAUGGAGCAAUUAGCUAAGGUCUUCCACAAAUCGGAGCUUCAAGUGAUCUUCACGAUUCCGGCACCACUCGAUGGAAAAAUGCAGCCAAAUCAGAUGAUUGAUACCGACGAGUACAGUUCGCUUUUGAAAGUUGCCGACUAUCUUCAGAUAAUGACGUACGACUUUCGUGGUCCAAAGUUGACCGGAGUUGCUCCGUUCGAAUGGGUUGAGAGCUGCUUGUUCUAUCUUGAUCCCAAACGCUCGAAAAAAACUCUUCUCGGAAUCAACUGGUAUGGAUAUGAGUACACUGAGAAGCAUAUGAAACCAAUCAUCGGCGAUCAGUUCAUUUCUGCGUUGAAGGAAAAACCGAUUUUGUUCUACAAUUUUGACGAGGAAGCGAUGGAGCAUCGCUUGUACACCAAGGAUAAGGAGGUGAUUUACUAUCCUUCCCUUUCAUCGUUGGAGCUCCGUAUCAAUUUGGCGCAUCGUUCCGAUGCUGGAAUCGCCAUUUGGGAUUACGGACAGGGUUUGCCGUAUUUCUCCAACUUGUUGGUUUAG